AGAAUAUAGCAGGAGGUAACAUGAGACCUCUGUGUUGUGGAGGAGGAACCAGAGGAAUAGUCUAGGACAGAGAGGAGAGAAGUCUAGGGAAGAGAGGAGAUGCAUCCACACCAUGAGUUGGAGGGUGACGCCGACAAAACUACAGUUAUCCAAAAGAUAAGGAAACUGAAGACGGCCCGAAAACGAGGGGUUCUACCCCCAAUACCCACACUGAGAUAUUUCGGUAUAACCCUGAGAGAGCCCCGGACCCUGCAAAUCAUCCAUCCUACACCUGAGGCCUACUCAUUGAUUGUGAGUGUGAUCAAGUCAGUUUGGAAGCCAGGAAUUGCGCAGAUAAAAAAUGAUUACGACCAAGAAGUGUGCAUUAUAAAACUGAACGGCUCCCCUUUCUGGUUCUCAUUCAGCAACGAGUUUGCUUUGCAGGUCCACUAUACAAUAUUGAAACUGAUAGACAGACUGGACAAGAAAGGCUACCAACUAAUAUUAGCUACAGAUGUUGCUCGCUACUUUGAGUUGAGCACUCUAUUCUUCACCGAGAAGCCCCCCAAAGAGAAAACGAAAGCAGAUCCUAACCGUCGUUCCCAGUAUAUGUCCGUUACAAUUUCUCACAAUAAUCAGCUGCAGCUAGCAAACUGUUCACUCUCGAACAAGCUGGCUAUUACUCAGCUCAUCAACAACACCUGGCAUUACGGCAUCAACAAGGAGAUAUCACUGCCAUCAGGCUACAUAAUAGUCCUAAACGGAGCACCGUGGAGCAACAAGAAGUUAGCUUUCUCAGCUAGGUCCCUGCUUCAUCAGCUCACUUUACUGCUGACACAGCGGAGUUGGAAUCUAAUUACUUCCGCCAGAAUAAAGAAUCACAGGGAUUCACUGAUAUUCCAAUUUGAAGAAGCAGACGUAUUUGACAUAACUGCUCUUCACGCGACCUUUCUGUCCCUGUCUUUGAGUGAGAAGGAUAAACUCAGGGUUAUCCACUGUUCCGACAACAAUCUUAUACUGGAUCUCAAGGAUAUAAUAAUGAAGAUCUGGAAGCCAGGUCUGAUAUCAGACUACAAAAAAUCAGGGGGGCACGAGUUUGUUCUGGCAGAGAAACCCUGGUGGUGUGAAAGUACUGAAGCUAUCAAGACAAGAUACUUUAUAUGCGACAUGUUGGAGUUGCUAUACGCUAGGGGUUUUAAGAUUCACGCAGCAAUAGAAUGUCACCCUGAUUUAAUAGAAAAGCCGACUCUGACCUUCAAAAAGGGGCCAGCACGAAGGGUCAAAGUUGUGUGCAUAAGCUUUGACGAGAACGAUAAAAUUCGGGUGAUUAACGGAUCUCAAAUGUUCGUGAACGCCAUAAGGAGCGUGUUAAGUAACAGGGUGGGAACAGAGGGAAUAUCCAAGGAGAGGGAGUUCCUCAAGUCAGUGGAGUUCACUCUCAGUGAUCUCAAUAUGUGGGAUGGUAAAAACCGCCGUGAUGCCCAGGUAGGUAAAUCUAUCUGCUGUCAUAUACUGCACAAGGUGGGGGAGCUGGGUUGGUGUGUUGUGUUGUCUGCAGACGCUACUUCGGCAGUAAAAGGGAACAACAACAGACACGACAUUCCCAUGGAUGUGCACAGCUGGUACCUCAUCCAGGCUCCAACGGUUAACAAAGCAUUCCACAAACUACGGAAGAAGAAAGAAGUCCGUCCGAGGUCGGAGUCACUACCGGCCUGCUUGACGCCGCCCCAUCUAAAACGCCGAGACAAAGUUGGAGAAAAAACGGAAUCAACUGCGAAUGAAAUCGUUGUGAAAAAUGAAAGGUCUGAUUCAUCACCGGCUUGCUUACCGAGUUUAGGAGAAGAUAUUGAGGAACCUGAAGAGGAAGAAAGAAGAAUCCCUAACUCUAUGAUGGGCGUAGUGAAAGAUUCAGAAAACAUGACAGAAGGAGGCGGAAGUGAUGCCAACUCAGUAGCAAGUCUAGUUCUACAAGCAGAGGCUGCAGAGCUCCAACGAGUAUCAUCAGAGGUAGGACUCUCCACUCACUCCCACAGUUUCAAGGGUACGAGUGCUGGCAACUCUAAUACAAGUCUCGAGAGCGAGGGAGACCUGAGCCCUUUUUCUGUUAACAAUCGGCGGGUGUCUAACACAGAGACUUAAGGAUUUCAUCUAAUUUAUCAAAUGCUCAAUUUAUUGAUUCUAGGAACCUGCUCAGUUUGAAUAGUUUGUGUACAGAAUCUCGGUCCUGUGAAGCAGAUGGCUCGUUAGAUAUGGACAAGGCAGGGUUCAAGGGAUACUAGAGAAUUGUCAGUUUAAAGUUUGCUUCUUUGAGUAAUUCUGGUAGUGGUACAGAGAUUAUAUCUUGAUAUUUUUAUGGACUGAAUAAUGGGGUUAACCUUGUGCACUGAUUGACGUUUACC